CAAAUUUCCAUAUAUAUUUUUUUCUUGAGUUUUUUUUAUUUCUUGCUUACUCCCUCGCUUGUCUUUUGCGCGAAAUUGCAUAUUACGCGAAAAAAUGGGCCUACAUAAGCUGUGAACGUGUAGUGUUUUUAUAGUGAAAAGAAUCAGGAAGCUUUUUAACUGAUGAAAUUCAUAGCAAAAUUUGAAAUAGAGUCUUCAUAGAUUUGUCAAAUGAUUUAAAUCUUUCGAUAGUUUAUUUGCUUUAUAAUGGAAACGGAUGGACUAGAGGAGAAUAAAAACCCUAAGGAAGCUGAUAAGGCGACGAAUGAUACGAAGGAUCGUUUAGAUAAAGCUGUGAUUAACAAUUCGUCCACAAAAAAUCGAACUGUUGAAGUAGUGGAUCAUGAGGAAGACGAUGUACCUGGUGACUUUUUCGACGAUUUCCUGAAAGAAGACUUUAUGGCAGGCUUAGACAUAGUAGACGAAGAUGAAAGUGAAGAGAAAGGCGAUAAUGCGGAAGCAUCCGGCAAAAAGAGCAAAGACAAGGAAUCGGCCAAAUCAUCCGAUUUAAGGCGCAUGCUAAACAACAAGGAAAAAAGGAUAAGCGAAACUGACUUGAGAAACGUACUGAAAGGGAAGGAUUCCCAAAAAGCGAAACCGCCCGAAAUGCUGCGUAGAGACCCGAACAAAACUAGACGGGACAUCGAACGUGACAAAGUCAAAUGCGAACGGGACAAAGAGAAAAAAAUCAUCUCGGAGAAGCUGAAAUUAGUCGAGACCGGCUUAGUACCGCCCGGCAUGGAAAUGGAAACCGAUUUAGAAGAAAUAAAAAUCCAAAAACAAACCAUGCAAAGCAAUAACGGCGACCCGACAGCUAAAAACGAUCAUCGAUCGUCUUCGACGAAGAACAAAAGAUCUACCUCGAGCAAAAAGAUCGGUAGUACCAGCGAAUCGUCGCCGAAAAGAAGCAGCAGAAGACUAUCAAGAAGCCCAAAACGAAGGGCAAUAAGCCCUUUAAGAAUAAGACGUAGCCCUAUUCGACGCAGCCCCUUCAGACGAAGAUCCAGAACCAGAUCGAGGGAGAGGCCGUCGCGAUCGAGCAGAGAACGCCACAUCAUCAGAUCGCUGGAAAAAUCCCUCGAUCGAUCGAUCAGCCGAUCGAAAGAGAGAUCCCCCCGACGGGGCGUCGACAGAUCCAAAGAGAGGUCCCCCAGACGGCGGUCUCCGCUCACGCUCCGGCUGGACGACAGGAAGCGCAGCAGAAGUCGCGACAAGUACAAGUACUCGCCGAGGCGCAGGCGAUCCCGCUCGGUGACGCCUCGCCGGCGGCGCGAUUUCGACCGGAAGAAGAAAUCCUUCCUGGAGGAAAUCGCCGAGAAACUGAACGAAACGAGGCCGGCCGUUUACCAGCCCGUCAUGCAGCCCUACGCUAUGCCCCAUAAUAUGGUUCCUAAUGCGAUUCCCGGGCCCGUGCCGGCCCCCAUGCCCGUGCCCAAUCCCAUGAUGAACCAGUUUCAUCCGCAGCAACAGCAGUUCGAUCUGUACGAUCAGAGCUUUUUUAUCGGUACAUCCGUGCCGCAGAUUAGUCCUGUCACUCCUGCAAUAUGCCAUACUCCUGUAGUCGAUAAUAAGACGAACCUGCAGCCGAUGUUGGUUCCCGAGCCGAAAACACAGGAGGAUUUCACCAAAUUGUUUCAAGAUAAGAAAAUAACGCUUACAGAAUUUUUAUCGAUGACAGCCAAACCAGAGGUAUAUUCAACGAGUACGGAACAAAUGAAAGAAAAAAUCAAGGUAAUAUCGAGGUGUCAAGACGCUAUAAAAUAUUUGGAAAGUAGUGAAAAGAAGUUAUACGGGCCGUUGAUCGUGCGCAAAUCGUCGGCGCCCAAGCCGUCGCCGAACAAGCACAAAUCGCCGUUGCUGAGGACCGCCGAGCUGCGGCUGCCCUUCACCGAGAUACCCAAAUCGGGCGAGGACCAUCGCGCCGACUUCACCGGCUACAUCGACGGGCUCCUGCGCCACCUCGGCCUCGCCGACGACGACGACGUCGUCAUCGUCGAGGAGGACGCGCCGCCGGCGCCGAGCAUCUCGUCGGCGCGUCGGCGCCCCGACGUGGCCAGCAAGUGGGCGCAGACGGAGGCGCCGCGGUGCCAGGAGUGCGAGCGGCGCAAGAACACGAAGCGCCGGAGCGUCGGGACGCAGUGCGGCGCCGACGGCGUGUCGUUCUCGGUGGGCACGCAGGUGAGCGACGACGAUUUCGGGGACGCGUUGCCGCGCAGCCGGUCGCUGGCGGCGCUGACGCCGGCCCAGCUGCUGGCGCGGUCGGGCGUGUCGCAGGGCGGCAGGAGCGUCGAGGACGACGACGUGGAUUUGAUGUUUCCGCAGAAGACGAGGCCGCCGGGGAGCUACCAGAUGGGCGGCGGGCAGUUCCAGCAGAUGUGGGGAGGCGGCAGGAUGAGACAGCAGCCGCCGCCGAGUAGGGACGCCGGACGGUUUUUCAAUAAUCUCUAUUGAGUUUUGUUUGAUUCAUUUUGUUUAUCAUUAUUAUUGUGUAUCGGAUUAUUAGAGCGUUUGAUUGUACAUAUUAAGAUUAGAUUAGUGAAUUUAAGGGUAUGUAGUUGAUUGUAAUUUUUUAAAAUAUACCGUUGGUUGUUUCGAUACGUUUAUUUUUUUUCUUUGUAACUUUUAAUGCAAUUCUGACUAUAUCUUAAGUAUUUUUUGUUUAAUUUCAUUAAUAGAUAGUUCUACAAAUUAUUUGCCAUUAUGGAUAAUAAAGCUUGUUUUUUACUCGUUUCAUCUUAUUAGAGAAUUCCAUUUUCCCUUCCUAAUAGUCAAAUUUUAAAUGCCCCAACAGAUCCCUUAUAAUUCGUUUCGUGAAUGGUUUGAGUGCAUAUAAAAUUUCUCUGGAUUUACUAACGGAUUCAUAUGGGUAACCAAAAGUUCCAUGUUUUAUCUAGGAAGCCCACGGCAAGUAUUAAAAAAUCCAAUUAUAUGGAUAAGUGCAAAUUUGUUUGCAAUAUGGUCAAUUUUAUGAGUUGAACAAAGAAAGAUACAAAGGUUAGAGUGAGAAAGUUGCAAUCCCCCAAUAACACUCUAUCUUUUUCCUUUAUAUGAAACUAACGGAAAUUGUCUUUGUUGCACUCAUUUGCACUAUAUUGCGUACAAAUUUGCGCUUAACUGUAUAAUUGUGAUAACUUGCCAAGUGCUUGCUACAUUGUUUUAUUUUUGAUAAAUUUUGAUAAGUGUUAAGAUUUAGUGGUACAUUGUUUCAUACAUUAAAUUGUUAAUUUUUAAAAAUAGCAUCAGUUUUUAAAUAAAAAUUGAAAAAACUGUUUUGCAUUUUACUUAUUUUUAAAUUUUAAAUAUGUCCG